AUAAGGUAGGUGGUACUAGGCUCAUCAUCCACAUUACCAACAAGACCAUCAAACCUAGUAGACAAGAUGCGUGUCAGCUCCGUUGCCUUGGUGUUGUGUUUGGUGUCCUGGGCCAGUGUUCAGGUCGAGGGGCUGUUCCCCCUUGGUGGUGUCACAACUGGUGUAGUUGGCCUAGCUGCUCUCAAGGCGUUGUAUUGGAAGUUCAAGCUGGGAGGUGUAGGUCUUGGCGGCCACUUGGGACCAUUAGGACUUCUGAAGGGUAUUGGUAAGCGAUCUGUGGAGAACCCCGGUGAGGGCGAUGAACAACUUCUGCUGACCACUGUUGGCGAACUCGACCAAAAUGGCUGCAUUCUAAAGACCUUGUGCCAACUACAAACGAAGAAGGAGGGCUCUCGCACCCUGGAGGAGAAGCUUCUGGCUGAACUAUUCGCCAACAGGACGGAAGUUACCGCCUACAAUGCCCCCUUCGUCCACGCCAUAGAUAUCGGCAGGAGGACUGGUAAAUCUGCCGUCUGCGACCAGCUCUUCCACAAGUGCCAGUUGAGUGACACUGAGUUGAGCUCCCUCCUGCAGCAGGCUUGGGGCUGUGGCUUUGACGUCUUUGAAGACAAGUCAGAGUAACACUCCUACACGUCCUGAUCCAGAGUGAGGGUGACGGGAGAGGACACUACACCUUCCCUCCCUCCACUACACCUAUACCUGGAGGAGGACACAGGACGCUCUUUCCCUCCCUCCCUCCUUC